GCGGUGUUUUGAACGUGGCAGGAAUGGAGGCGGAAGCUGCUUCUGCGGGUCCGCAAGUUCGGCCGGGAUUCGAGGAGUUUCUGAAGGAGCACCGAGUCGCCACUUUCGACCAGUGGCCCUUUGCCUCCGACUGCUCAUGCACUCCAGACCGGGUGAGGGACCCAUUUCUCCCAGCCAGCUUGCCUCCUCCUUAUCUACUUCCUGCAUUCCAUGCAUAAUUUUACACACUUCUAUCAUGUCUCCUCUUGGUUGCCUUUUCUCUACUAAACUAAAAAUACCCCAAAGCGACCUUCCCUAUCAGGGAGGUUGCUCCACCCUCUUGAUCAUUUUGGUUUCCCUUUUCUGGACCGUUUCCAGCUGUUCAAUAUCAUUUUUAAGGUGAGACCAUAAGAACUGUAAACAGUAUUCCAAGUGUGGUUGCACCUUCAAUUUGGAAAACAGUAUUUUGAUACUGACAUUUUUAUUUUUAAUUCAAUUUGAUUUAUUUUCUUAAUGAUCCCUAGCUUGGCAUUUGUCUUUCCACAGCUAUCACACACUGGGUCAACACCUUCAUCAGAUUAUUCUCUAUAGCCCAAGGUCUUGUUCCUGGUCAGUCACUACCACUCUGGACCCCGUGAAAUACAUAUAAUUUUUGCCCCUAAUGUGCAGCUCUUUACACUUGCUUAAACUGAAUUUGCGUUUCCCACUUUGCUGCUUAUUCAUCCAGUUUGGGGAGACCCUUUUGGAGUACAGUGGUACCUCGGGUUUCAAACACCUCAGGUUAUAAACACUUUGACUACUUAACCCGUAAGUAGUACCUUGGGUUAAGAACUCUACCUCAGGGUGAGAACAGAAAUCGCACAGCGGCAGCAGGAAGCCCCAUUAGCUAAAGUGGUACCUCGGGUUAAAAACGGUUUUAGGUUAAGAACGGACCUCCAGAACGAAUUUAAGUAUGUAACAAGAGGUACCACUGGACUUCACAAUCCCUUUUAGUUUUAACUACCCUGAGCAAUUUAGUAUCAGCAGCAAACUUGCCUACCUCACUGCUCACCCUAACUCUUUGGAUGUGUGAUUGUUGAAUGUACACUUGUUGCACAACUUUCCUCCCCUCUCUCUUCCCAGAUGGCAGAAGCUGGAUUUGUUCACUGUCCUAGUGACAAUGCACCCGACGUGGCCCAGUGCUUCAUAUGUUUUAAGGAGCUGGAGGGAUGGGAGCCGGAUGAUGACCCUAUGUAAGUAUUUUGUUGUUGGAUCUGCUGACUUGCAGUGCCUCCAAAUAAGUGCUCGGGAUAGGCAUAUCUGCCUUUUUACCAAGACAGAACAUAAUGUUUCACAGAUGCUACAGGGAUGAAGGAAGCAAAUCUGCAAGCUUAAUAUAGGGUACAAGUAAUUUAGAUGGUUUGUCCACAUCUUCCAUCUUUCCUUUCCUUUGCCAAAAGCCCAAUAUGGCUACUUUAGACCCAGGGAGACCACUUGUCAUAGGCAGGUUACAUUUAUCUAGUUUAUUUGAUCUUUGAACAUCUGGCUACAUUUAAGCAGGUGGUUAGAUUAUGCAGUAUAGUGUGGACUGCAUUUGCAAAGAGUGAAUAUUAAAUCUGCUCCAUGUUCCUGAUGCCACACUGCACAACACUAAUCAGACCAAAUUCCCCUGGCUGCUCUGCAAGCCAGUAAUGCUAAUAAGGGCUCACUAUUGACUAGCCUCAAAGGCAGGUGUGUCUGAAAACUGCCUGCAUAGCUGAGUCUGGUGUUUCCUUGGAAUGAGAUCAGUGGAGUCAUGGUUUUAUUUACACAUUUGUUUAAAAACCUAAGCAUAGGGUGGAGGGUCUCAAAGCAUUAAUACCCCAACAGAUCUUGCUUCCCCAUUCUGUUACCAGGAAACCCCCAACUUCCAGUACAGCACACAGUUAAAUGUGUCUCUCAUCGGCUUUGCAGCGUCUCCCAGUUCUUUUGCUGGCUCACAUAGCAGUUCUCUCCAGUGCAGCCCCACCUUCCUGGCCAUGUAAGUCAUUUCUCACUUAGAUGCCACUAUUAAAACCCAGCUCCUUCCUCUGAAGUGCAUAUCAAGGCACUAAAAAUAGCUAUCUGAGCUUUAUCUGCAAAUGAAUUUGCUUGAUCACUUUCCCAACCUCCCCCAAAAUUUAUAAGAUUAUCUACUUCCAAAUAUAAAAUGUCUGCCCUGCGCAUACAAAAAACAAACAGCAGCAUAACACCUUGCCCUUAGGUAAAGGGACAGGGACAGGUUAAAACAGUGAGAAAGUUCUGUGUCCAUAUUGGCAGCAAGUGAUUUGCUUUGAAGCAGGCCUAACCUAGAGACUUAGAACAAGCAUCCUAUACUGGACCAGUGGUGGGGUAGUAAAUUUUCUACUGAUUCCCCCCCCCCCCUUUGGAAAAGGUUCUGUUUCAUUAGUAACAAUGAAUGGAUGCCAGUAGCAACUAAAUAUUAGGGAAGCUUGACACUUUCAAUGUUUCUGCCUUUGUUUACAAGUAAAAGAAGCAUGCUAGAUUAGAUUACUCUCUAGGGCACGAGAAAAUUUUCCUACACAAAUUGCCCUAAUUUUCACAGAAAAAUUGAACAAUUCAAAAAUUUGGUGGAAAGCCUAGGGAGCGAGGAGGGAUGUCAUCUAUUCUACUUUAAUUCAGGAGAUCAGAUAUGUUAUUUCAGAAGUUAUUACAAGACCAGCUGGUGCUGUGCAAUCCACUGCUGAAUGUAAAGCUGGCACAUGACAUCAAGCGGUCUUAAACUGAGCAGCGUAAACAUUUAACGUCUUCAAGAGAAAGGCAGUUUCAGUAGCUGAAUUUAGGGGUGAGCAAACUUUUUCAGCAGGGGGCUGGUCCACUGUCCCUCAGAUCUUGUGGGGGGCCGGACUAUAUUUUGAAAAAAAAUAUAUGAACGAAUUCCUAUGCCCCACAAAUAACCCAGAGAUGCAUUUUAAAUAAAAGGGCACAUUCUACUCAUGUCAAAACACGCUGAUUCCCGGACCGUCCGCGGACCAGAUUUAGAAGGUGAUUGGGCCGGAUCCAACCCUCGGGCCUUAGUUUGCCUACCCAUGAGUUAAAGCCUCUAAAUCCGUGUAAAUGUUGGGCUCACAUAUGCUACCUUUAUCCCUGUAAGAUUUGUGAAAAGUUUUAAAUCUCUUAGUAGUUCUUCACUCUGAACCCUAGAGAGGUCUGCCUUAUCCUUUAAGAACCAUUGUGCUAAUAUAGUUUGUCCUUCUUUCUAGGGAAGAGCACCGGAAACACUCUCCCAACUGUGCAUUUCUGGCUCUCCAGAAAGAUAUUAAGGACUUGACACUGCAAGAGUUUAUGAGACUUUGCAAAGAGAGAAUGAAGGCCUUGGUCGUAAGUAUGGUUUGCAGGGAGCUGUGAAUGUACUCAAGCUUUUCCUGCUCUCCUGUUCUCCCUACAACAGUGUUUGCCAAAAUUGUGUCUCUAGCAGUUUUUGGACUACAACUUCCACCAUCCCUAGCUAUCAGGACCAGGGGUAGUCCAAAAACAGCUGGGGACUCAAGUUUGGGAAACCUUGCCCUACAGUUUCAAAAUGGUCAUUUAGCACCCCACCCUCCUCCACACCAGAUCAUACAUAGUCUCUUGCCCAUAGAACCGCCUUGAUUUGAAGAUAGUGUUCUUCACUGGUUUGGCUGCAACUGUGAGAUCAGUUUGGCUUUCCCUGCUGUUGUAUGGUUUUCCUGCUUGCUUCUCAAAGUGAAUAGCCACUGCCCACCCCUACCUGCAGCAAAGCCCUCCUCUUGUAUUCCACUUUACAGCUCAAACACUUUCCUUUUCAUUAGUUACUAACAGGAGUUCCUUUCUGUUUUUCUCCUAGAGAAAGGAAAUUAACCAGAAAAUUAACGACUUGGAAAAACGUGCUGAGAAGACACGUAAUGCAAUUGAAUUGUUGCGUAUGUAACGUUCCCAGUGUACUAUCUCCAUUGAAUACAAUGAGGCUUAAACAUGCCAAUCAGUCCCUUUAAUUUUCUGGCAAAGCAAACAUUCGCCUCUAUUCCUCUAGCAAAACAUGUAAUAUGAAUAGAAAGUGAAACGUUGGUUUGCAGUCUGCCGGUGGAGGGGACGGGAAGCAUUCCCCGAUGUUAACAAAAUAUCUUCUUUUUGCAACUGCUGUAUAUGAACAAAACAAACUGACCCUAAAUGCUCAAUUUCAGCUCCUCGGCGGACUUCUUACACCCAGCAGCAGCAGCCCAACUAUCUUUUUCUCUUCAAACACCCACCCUUGUUCUGUUCCAAAAGCCACUGAACAAAAUUUCUGGUUUUUUUUGGGGGGGCGGCGCAUUAUGAUGAGAAAAAGCCCAUCAACCUCUGUCUGUUUAUUCAUAAGCAAGUCCCAAGUGUGUCCUCCCUAAUAUGGUUAGGAUCACAGUACUGUGCUGUGGUAGCUCCUGAGGCAGGGCUUAGACAAGACCCUGCGUUCCUGCUUUCACACCUGUUGCUCUGGUCAAGCUGCACUUAAGGGCUGAAUGAAGAUAUCUGCAGCUCUCCACUGAUUUCUGUGGGUUAUCCUGCACAUUAGGACAAUAAUGCCAAACAUAUAGAUUCACCAAGGUAGUCUAAUUUAACUGGAAUGUCAUAGUAAUGUUAAUGUCACAUUAAAAAGAUCAGUGAAAACAUCAUUACUGUGAAUUACUAGGAUGAGGUGGGGGCAGGGAGUACCAAAUAUAUGGUAUGCAAAUCUGGUAGUUUUAACUGAAAAUGGUCAUGACAGAGAAGGUGCCUAAAAAGGAUGUGCAGACAGUCCUACUGGUGUUUUUUUAUUCAUUGGCACUUAUUCUCCCAUAGGCACAAAAAUGAAUUACACAAAAAAUGCUGUGAUGAUAAUCUUAUGUUAUAUAUAUAAAAUUACAAAAUCCAUAACAAUUUUAAUACAGAAAAAUAAAGUCUGUGUUUUC